AGCCAGUCUCUGAGUAGCCACUACGCAGAACUGCUACAGACACACGCGCUGAUACACACGCUCGUACACCCAGCGCGCUGCCAUCCCCUCUCUCUCGCACGCUCACUAACGCAGCUGGCGGCUAAACACCAGGAGUUAGCCCUGUCAGAGACAGAGAGAGAGAGAGAGGGAGCAGAGAGGAGAGGGAGGAACGAGGAGGAAAGGAAGAGUGCAGAGAUCAGACAGAGCAGCGCGGCCAGCUCUCGCUGCCUCUCCGCCAGCAUGCAGCGCUUCGUGUGCCUCCUGCUGCUGCUUAGCGCCGGAGGCUGCUUAUCCUCCCCUCUGACUCCCACGCUGAGCCCUGCGCCGACCUCCGCCGCCGCCGCCGCCGCCGCCGACUCAGCCACGCCGGUCCCAGACCCCUGCGAGGGUCAGCCCUGCCUCAACGGCGGCUCCUGCCAGCCCCAGCUCGCCUCUCCGGGGACACCCGAAUUCUCUCCUGACACCCAGGCGUACACCUGCUCCUGCAGCACCGGCUUCACAGGGCGAAACUGCGAGUUUUUUACAGACCCCUGCGCCAGCAGCCCCUGUCUCCAUGGUAACUGCAGCCGCAGUGGUGAAGGUAACACAUACACCUGUGAGUGUGCUGAUGGCUUUGAGGGGGAGAAGUGUGACCAGCCUGCCCUGAGUGUGUCAACAUCAGCCUGGGACGCCUCCUCCACCCCCCCUGCCCCAGAGCAUGCCACGCCCGCAACGACCAGCACGCCCACCACACUUCCUUCUACCACCCAGGCCCCUCCCACACUGCAGCCAUGGCAACCUAAACUGGGACAGAGAGUGGCUGAGAUUGCAUGGGAAGAGGAACAGGUGACAGAAGGCUCGGUCUGUGGGAAUGUGUCCACAGGAGUGGUUAGUUUGUCUCUCGAGGUGGCAGAGGAGACAGCUGUGAAGAUCCAGGUGAAUGUUAGCGGGAGUGCAGUUCUGUGGCGGGUCAGUGAGGAUGAGUUCCAGCGCUGCUCCAUCCUGGACGGCACCAUCGUUUGGAUCCAGCAGGCUUCUGAUGGGCUGGUUCUGCCAGAUGAGUCCCUCCCCCUCGGUCACAGCUACUUCCUGGGUUUCCUGCGCAGUGGCACCCCUGGUGUUUCUGAGGUGUUACUGCGCCUCCACCUCACAGUGAAGGCCAGCAGCUGUGUGGAGCCGGGGAGCCGCUUCAGUGACCCUGAAUGCUCUGGAAAGGGGAGGUGUGUCACACAGCCCACCAAGAGUACCUUUUACUGUGAGUGUGAGGAGGAGUACUCUGGAAUCUUCUGUGAGGAGUUUGACGCCUGCCGCCUGAAGCCCUGUGAGAACGGCGGCACCUGCAGUGAUGUGACGCAGGGUGACGAGGGACGCAACUUCACCUGCACUUGUCCUCCAGGGUACACAGGAGAACGUUGCCAGGUGUUGGUGGAUCAUUGCCUCUCUCAGCCCUGUAAGAAUGGUGCCACCUGCUCCAAUGGCCUCCUUGGACCUACCUGCCUCUGCCCAGAAGGGUACCAGGGCUCCUUGUGUGAUCAGAGGAUCGACCCCUGUGGCUCCUCCCCCUGCCACAACAACGGCAGCUGCUUCUCAGACGGGCGUGGCUUUGGAUUUGGCUGCAGCUGUCCACCUGGCUUCACCGGCCCCACCUGUGCCCAGCUCGUUGACUUCUGUGCUCUCAACCCCUGCGCCCAUGGCAUCUGCCGCAGCGUGGGCACCAGCUACAGGUGUCUCUGUGUGCCAGGGUACCAUGGGCUGUAUUGUGAGGAGGAAUAUAACGAGUGUCUAUCAGCACCCUGUCAGAACCAUGCCACCUGCAGGGACCUUGUGAACGCCUAUGAGUGUGUCUGCACCCCACAGUACCAGGGGCGACACUGUGAGAUCUACAAGGACCCGUGUCUGAAAGUACGCUGCCAUAAUGGGGGAACCUGUGAGAGGGUUGGCCUCAAUUCUACUUGUGUAUGCCCACCUGGCUACAUGGGUGAAAACUGUGAGAUUGAUAUCAACGAGUGUGACAGCAACCCCUGCCAUCACGGCGGCACCUGUAUUGACCAAUCAAACGGCUUCACCUGUCACUGUCCACAAGGGUGGGUGGGAGCAAGCUGUGAGAUACACUUGCAGUGGAAGGCCGCUCACCCUGAGGACACACUCCCCAGCAUGCCGCGCCACUCCCUCUACAUCAUCAUCGGGGCUCUGUGCGUGGCCUUCGUCCUCAUGCUCAUCAUCCUCAUUGUGGGAAUCUGCCGCAUCAGUCGCAUUGAGUACCAGGGCUCCUCCCGGCAUGCCUACCAGGAGUUCUACAACUGUCGCAGCAUCGACAGCGAGUUCAGCAACGCCAUCGCCUCCAUCCGCCACGCCAGAUUUGGAAAGAAAUCUAGACCUGCCAUGUACGAUGCCACGCCCAUCACCUACGAAGACUACAGCCCUGACGACAAACCACUUGUCACUUUGAUCAAAACAAAAGAUUUAUAAAACACACCACCCACAGCCACUGGCUCUUCACUCAGCCAACAUGCACUUCAAUUACCCAUUCAGUAUUUAUUUCUUUUUAAAAGCAAAAGUAAUUCAUAAAAAUAAAUGAAGGAUUUCUUCAAUAUAUUUUACUUUUGGAACCCAUGAUGCUAUUAUAUAUAAGACUGUAGUAUGCAUAAUUUGUUAUGUGCGCUAACUUGAUCAGAGGUGGGUAAAAUUGCUAUGUACACAGGUUAGUAAAAAAUGAUUAGUAUUAAGCAGGCUAUGCGUGGGGGUCAGAGGUGAUCUCGUCUGACCCUCACCUUGAUAGGCUAAAACCUAACUGUAGAGUCAUCAGACAUGUGAACACCCAGAGCUGAUAGCAGUAAUUACAGAUGUCGUACAGUAGUAAUAGGUGCAUUUGUUACAGUGCAGUAAAAUAUAUAAAAUACUUCUGCGGUAGGUUGCCUUAAUUGGUGCAUGGGUAGAUCUGAUGGUUUCUGCAUUAUUUGGAACCUUAUAUACAUUGUUGUUUAUUUAGUGUUAGUGCCAUAGACUUCUCUUGACCAGCUGUUAUUAAAGAAGGAUCUUACAGGCCACUGUGUUGUACAGUAGAGGCAAAGAGUGCUUUUUUUAAAAACAGUUGUUUCGUUCAUUAUUUUUGAGGCAAGUAAAAAAACAGUAAUUUUCACAGUGUUUUAUGGUUUUGCAUCGAGGUCGAUGUCUCUGCUGGGGUACAGUGAGAAGUAACGUGUGAGUCUGCUGUAAUGUGCUUCUCUGUUUGUGUACGAUAGUGUUGUUCAUCUCAGGGUGGGCUCUUGUCUCCAUUUCCUGUUCGAGGCCUGACCUGACCAAUGUUCUUCCUGGGUCAUCCUCCUUUUUUAAAAUAACGUGAUUAAAUU